GAAACAGCCUGGAGGUAGGGGAGAAGGAAAGGGAGGUGCAUGCAGUACUAUAUUUCUAAAUUUUUUCAUUGCUUAACACACAAACACAGAAUCUGACUGAGGACAAGACUUAAAUCUUCUGCCUCACAGGAUCAAAGGUUGCAGCAAUGGAACUGGUGUCGACAUCAAUUGGCAAGUUUACAGUUGAUCUUUUUAACAAGAUGAAUGAGAGCAACAAGGGCAAAAACAUUUUCUUUUCCCCUUGGAGUGUAUCAUCUGCUCUGGCUCUGACAUACCUGGGUGCAAAAGGCAAUACAGCGACAGAGAUGGCAGCGGUUCUUCAUUUCACUGAAGCAGCAGGAGUGGAAGACUCUUCCUCUGUGGCCAGACCUUCUCGGGGGAGACCAAAGAGAAGAAAAUUGGAUCCUGAGCACAAGCAAGCUGAAGAUAUCCAUUCUAGCUUCAAAGAGGCCCUGACUGCCAUCAACAAACCGAGAAGCACCUACUCGCUGAAAAGUGCCAACCGCAUCUAUCUGGAAAAAACCUUCCCUUUACUGCCUAGAUACAUACAGCUCAGUAAGAACUAUUACAAAGCAGAGCCAGUGAAGGUUGACUUUAAGACAGCACCAGAACAAUCCAGACAGGAAAUCAACGCUUGGGUUGAAAAACAAACUGAAGGCAAAAUCAAGGAUUUGCUGAGUUCAGAAAGUGUGUCAAGGUCCACCAGGAUGAUCCUGGUAAAUGCCAUUUACUUCAAGGCAGAAUGGGAAGUGAAAUUUCACGCAGCAAACACAGAUGUGCAACCCUUCCGACUGAGCAAGAACAAGAGCAAGCCUGUGAAGAUGAUGUGCAUGACAAAUACAUUUCCAGUUCUCAUCAUGGAAACAAUGAAUUUCAAAGUUAUUGAGUUGCCGUAUCUGAAACAUGAACUCAGUAUGUUCAUCCUCCUUCCCGAUGACAUCAAAGACAGCACUACGGGUCUCGAACAGCUGGAAAGAGAACUGACGUAUGAGAAGCUGUCCGAAUGGACUGAUUCCAAGAAGAUGACAGAAACUUUUGUGGAUCUGUGCCUACCUAAGUUCGCAAUGAAGGAGACAUUUGAACUCAGUGGUAAUCUGAUCAGCAUGGGAAUGCGCAGUGCCUUCGGCAGCAAUGCUGAUUUCAGCGGAAUGGCUGAGAAGGGUAAAGUGGGGAUCUCCAAAAUUUUGCACAAGUCUUUUGUUGCAGUUGAUGAGAAAGGCACUGAGGCAGCUGCUGCUACUGCAGUUAUACCAGUAACAAGUCUACCUAUUGGCCAUGUUCUGAAAUUUAAGGCUGACCACCCUUUCUACUUCUUCAUCAGACACAACAUAUCCAAGAUUAUCCUCUUCUUCGGCAGAUUCUGCUCUCCCACAGAUUAAGUUAUUACUUGCUCUCAGACAGCACCCAAGGUUCACUGUUUAAUGGAAAAAUGUGAAUUGCAGUGUUAAAAGCUCCACCUUAAGCCAUGUAGCCAUACAUACUGAAAGUUUUCUUUUUCUCCCCCGGCCAAGUAAGGCAGCACCCAGAGACCACCCUGUGCCUCAAAGACCAUCCCUGUUCAUUUCCAUUCUCCUAAUGAGACAGCCAUCCACAGAAAACUUUGCUCCCUUGCAUUAUACCUGCUCUUGUGGCUUUGUUGUUCGAGAGUAAGGUGGAGUCAUAAAAGCUCUCUGCACACAAGCCAUCAUUUAGCCCCAUGCCAAGUGCAGAUUUCAAGGGAAAUGCAGUUCAUCCUCUUGCAUCUCCCAGAAAGGAAAAAAAUCCCUGAAAGAAAAAAAAAAACCCACAAACAAACUUGUAGAAAUCUAUAUGCUCUCUUUUCCUUACUGGGAAACCUGCAUUUGCAUUACAAUGCAGUUUCCUUGUGUUCAUUUCAAAUUUAAAGUCUAUUGGAAAUUAACAAAAUUUAAUACAAACCCAGAAUAAUCUCAAAAUGCCCCUCACCUUCCCCUGUCUCACCACAUGUAUACCGCCAUAUCACAUUCAUUCUCUCCUACCCUUGCAGCUUCACGAAAACAUGAGGCAGCAAGGGAAAAUGGUCCAGCCUUUAACAUUUAACAGAUGACUUCUAAUCACCUUGCAUUUUUACCUCAUUUUGCUAAACUUUGUAGGUUAAGGUUGCUGAGAGUUCCAAUCAGCAAAAAUGCUAAGAAAACUAUAAGCAACAUGCUUCUUGCUACCUCUUAUUGAUAAGCCAUUUAAAACCUCCAGAUUUCAAAUCUGCUUCCUCUUUUUAAUUGAAUGUGAUUAUACCUGUUCCCUGGCUAAUAUCUGCACAGUUUCCUUGCUACCUGUAUCAUUGAUCAAUGCGUGAUUUAUGUAAUGAUUUAUUAUGAAUUAUGUAGUUUAACUUAUGACUAUCUCAGCAGAGAUAGUCAUGGUAUUGACAGAAACACCAGUGAGAUUUUGACUGAUGCUUUACUUCAUAAUUUUACCAUGAUCUGCAUUUAAUCCAAUAAAUGAACUUGGAGCUG